AUGGGCGUGGAGAUCGAGACCAUCUCCCCGGGAGACGGAAGGACGUUCCCCAAGAAGGGCCAGACGUGUGUGGUGCACUACACAGGGAUGCUCCAAAAUGGGAAGAAAUUCGAUUCAUCCAGAGACAGAAACAAACCUUUCAAGUUCAGAAUUGGCAAACAGGAAGUCAUCAAAGGUUUUGAAGAGGGCGCAGCCCAGCUGGGUCCUCUUUCUCCUCUCCCCAUCUGCCCCCACCCCUGCUAGAUGAGCUUGGGGCAGAGGGCGAAGCUGACCUGCACCCCUGAUGUGGCAUAUGGAGCCACGGGCCACCCCGGUGUCAUCCCUCCCAAUGCCACCCUCAUCUUUGACGUGGAGCUGCUCAACUUAGAGUGAAGGCAGGAAGGAACUCGAGGUGGCUGGAGAUGGCUGCUGCUCACCCUCCUAGCCUGCUCUGCCACUGGGACGGCUCCUCCUGUUUGGGGCUCUUGAUCAGUGUGCUAACCUCACUGCCCCUCGGCAUUAUCAUUCUCUCUGCCCAAGUUGCUCUGUAUAUGUCCACCAUUUUGUUCACACACAUCCUUGCUUGAGGAAACUUUGGUUGCAGAUGGAAACAUUUCAGGUUGUGCUUUUUAUGUGAUGCAUGUAGUAGCCAUUCUUGAACACAGAACACAGAUUUCUUGUUCGCACAAUCUACACUGCCUUACCUUCACUUAAGCCAGACAUACAAGGUGCUCAGAUAUGAAACGUACAUGGUGUACACAGAGGGACUUGAGCCAGUUACCUUUGCUGUCACUUUCUCUCUUGUAAAUUAUUGGCUGCUCACUUACACAAUGUCCUCUUUGGAAAAAUUAUGUAAAAUAAAGGCUCUGUGCUUGACAAA